CCGAGGCUAUGGCUAGGCGUUCGGUGCUGCUUCUUCUGACGUGCUUUCUACUCGUUUCAAGUUCUGGAUUUUUGCAGCAGGAAGAAAUCAUCAAUCUUGAUGGCGAGACAACUGUUGUCACCGGAUCCGGAUCAGACAGUGUGGGUGACGAGAUCAGGAUACAAUUAGAACAUGAAGACGACCGGAGAAGCUCGCGAAUCAAGAGAGCAGUAGAAUAUCAAGUACCGGGAGUGACAGCCCGACAAGAUGGCGAGUCGAGAAUUGUGAGUUGGGGCCUCGCGUCAGGACAGCUGAUCAUCUCCAAGUACAACAUCUACCGCACGUUCACAACUCUCGUACAAUUUGAUGUCACUCGUUUGGAACCGAUUGCUACCGUGGCGACCGGACCGAAUAUGCAAUGGAGAGACGACUGUCGGACGAGCGAAGCGUCGGUGCGCUAUGCGGUGACCGCAGUUGACGUCACUAAAAGGGAGCAUACAGAACACGUUGUUCCGUCACCGAUUCUGCCGUUGGUGGGAUCAUUUGAUAAGGUGGGAGACAUUAAGUAUCCGCUGCCUGAUCACGUGCGGUGUUGUGUCGUUUGUCAUGAUAUUGCGUUUGAUUCGAGCUUGCAAGAGUUCCUGCUUGUCUAUGAUUGUGAUGGUGACGGGGACGGCUAUGGAGACGACGUGUUUGCUUUCAGACUUGAUUCGUUUGGCAAUAGUAUUGGUUCUGUUCAUCGCGUUAGUGCGACAGUAUCAGGCUCCUCUGCUCAACAUUGUCCAUCUGUAGUCUACAAUCCUCAUUUCAAAAACUACAUGAUUCUCUUUCACGUCAAAGCUACAACAGUGCACUCGAACAAGUUCGUCAUCGUGACGCGAAGAGUCCCGUCCAGUUCAUUUCACUACAUCAAACGUCCCCUUCUAUCGAUAAGAGGAACAACACCAGGAGGAGUAGCCGCAGAUCUCGUUAAUACAACCAUAAUUUACAAUCCAAUAACGUACGGCUACGUCGUCGCAUCGGAAAUGAAGCUGCAAAAUCGGAUUGAAAUCAUAUCAGCCUACCUAACCGAUGAGGGUUAUCUCAAGUCGGGGGGCCCCGUAUUCUCAUUUUCGGUUAACGUCCUUCAGCCCAGAGUCGUUUUUGACGAAUUAACGAAGAUGUUUGUGUACGUAUCGCAACUGGACAAAUCACAUCCUCAACUCUCUACGAAGAACGCCCUUAUUCAAAAAUCUUUUCCUGCAUCCGGGUAUCCCAACAAUCCUCCGCAAGCGGUUGCCUUUGGUGUGACGACCGUCGACGAUUCGUCGAUUAGUCUGCACUUCAACAAUGCCACCAGGUGCGUUCGCGUGUGCUUCUCGCAAGUCAAGGACGACGCUCUGACGGAAACGACUUGCUCCAAGUUGUGCGCCGGCGGAGUCAAUCGGUACAAUGUGCGACCCUUAAAUGUUUCAUUCUGUUCCUGCAAAAGCAAAGCGAUCAAUCCGCAUGUGAUCGAGUAUCCGGUCAACAGCGCAGUGUUUGGCAUUUGGGAGGAAAAAGAUUCUACUCGUCAUCGACUGCAUGGAUACUUCGUCAGAACGGCUCAUUUCCAGCAGAAUCCUCCUGCCUCCGUUCAAGAGCACCCACGGGCUGUGUACAAAAGCAGUGACGGACAAGUGUGUGUUGUAUGGCGAUAUCAGUCUUCUGCGGACACUUGCAGCAAACUUGGAAUCCGAUGCUUUGAAUUGACGGCACACUGUAAAGACCCGUGUUGUUGUCAACAAAGGAACAGUCCACAAUGUGGUCGUAUACGUACUAUUCCUAUACGAUUGGCUGGUAGUGCAUCGCCAUAUCAGGGAAGAGUCGAAUUAUUGCACAACGGAAUUUGGGGGACAGUUUGUGAUGACAAUUUUGGCGAUAAAGAGGCUGAUGUUGCUUGCCAUCAUUUGGGUUACACGAAAGCUUUGCGCUACAAGCGAGCAGCAAACACGUAUGGUCAAGGAGUAGGAGCGAUACACAUGGACGACUUGAAUUGCACUGGAGCCGAGAGUAAUCUUCAAGACUGCAAAUUCAACGGAUGGUCGAUACAUGACUGCCACCACGGUGAAGAUGUAGGAGUCGUUUGCGAUACACGCGUUGCAUGCGGAGUAAAGAAGAGUCUAGAAACUGAAAAAGGUCAGUUUCCGGUGAGAUUGGUCGAUGGAGGCAAAGCAAACCAAGGCAGACUAGAAAUAUUUGUUAGAAAUCGAUGGGGAACAGUCUGUAAAGACCGUUUUAGCUCUUUCGAGGCACUCGUGGCAUGCAGUCAACUAGGAUAUACUGGAUACACUAGUUAUUCGUCUCAAUUUGGUCGCUCAAUUGGCCCAAUUUGGAUGGAUGACGUCAACUGCCAAGGCAAUGGAUCGAAAGUCUUGAUCCGGUUUGCUGAUUGCACUAAACAAAAUUCCAGUUCUCCGUUUAAAGUUGGUCUUGACUGGGGAACAGAUAAAUGUAAUCAUAGCAAAGACGUUGGACUUAUUUGCAAUUCAACAGCCAAGACUCACCCCGUUCGCUUGGUUAACGGAAGAACUGCUCACAGCGGCAGAGUGGAGAUAUUUAUCAACGGACUAUGGGGUUCAGUUUGUGACGAUUGGUGGAGUCGGAAGGAUGCGAAUGUCGUUUGCCGUCAAUUGGGGUACACCAGUGCUUCGGCUUACCGGAAAGCUGCACGGUUCGGGCAGAGCAAACACUACCAUAUUUGGAUGGCACGUGUUGCGUGUCGAGGCACCGAGAAGAGGCUGCAGGAUUGCCCUUUCCCUGGUUGGGGAGUUCAUAAUUGCAAGCACGACCAAGACGCUGGAGUCGAAUGCCAUCCGACGAAUAACUCAUUAGCAUACGAGAAAGUUUUCAGGCUUGCAAACGGAUACAGCUCCUCUGAAGGUCGCGUAGAGAUAAAAAUUGAUGGAUCAUGGAGUACAAUUUGUGACGACAAUUGGGGCAUAGAAAGCGCAAACGCAAUUUGCAAUCACCUUGGUUACAGUGAAGCUGUUGAAUCAUUUUCAUACUCUUACUUUGGAGAAGGAAAAGGACGCAUUCACAUACUUGACAACAGUUGCUUACAUUCUGGCAACUUCACAUCCGGGUCUUGUUCCUUGACGUCACAAGUAAAAAGAGAUUGCUCACACGCCAACGAUGUGGGAAUAAUAUGUUUUCCUCAUGAUAACGAUAUGCAGCAAUUUAUAGAUUUUACCCGAGAGUACAACAAAGUUUAUUCUUCCUCAGAAGAACGUAAUAGAAGAGCGGCCAUCUUUCAUAAAAACUUGAAGAAGAUCAAAAGUCUAAACUUUGCUGACAGAUUUGCACCUCACGGAAUCAACAAGUUUUUUGACUUAUCAGAAGAUGAAUUUGCAAAUACUUACUUGAUGCCUAGCGCUGUAACCGAAGACGUAAGAAAGUCAGCACAUGAAAGAGGAGAAAGACGCAAAGGAUCCUACUCCAAUCCAAUCGACUGGACCGGUCCGAUCCCUAAAUGUUUCGAUUGGAGACAACGGUCUCCUCAAAUCGUUUCCAAAGUCAAAGAUCAAGGAAAAUGUGGCUCGUCCUGGGCAUUUGCUGCUGUCGCUCAAAUAGAAAGUGCUUAUGCUCUGCAAGCUCGCAAACCGCUCAUCGAGCUCUCGACGCAACAGGUUGUGUCAUGUGAUCAAAAAUCGGACGGUUGUAAUGGAGGUAUGCCACACAAGGCAAUGGGCUACGUCUUAGAUGCACGUGGCAUACAGACAGAGAUUCGCUAUCCUUACCUUUCAGGAACUGCUAGUCAAACGAGGAGCUGCUCUUUCAACCGCACUCGAAUUCAUGCAAGUAUUACAGGGUUUUUUCACAUCACGAUAUCCACUCAACCUACUGCAGAUGACGAAUAUGACAUGAUGGUCUAUCUCUAUCGCAAAGGACCAAUAACGGCGUGCCUAAACGCCGGAAACCUUCAAUUCUACUCGAAAACAGUACUGAGUUACUGUGGGAGCAACUACAGUCGCAUCACACAUUGUGUUGUACUCACAGGAUUUGGAGUCACUGAAUCCGGAGUUCCCUAUUGGAUCGCGAGAAAUUCGUGGGGUGACAAUUGGGGUGAUGAAGGAUAUUUUCUUAUCGAACGCAACGUCAACAUGUGCGGCAUAGCCGAAUGGGCGUUCGCAGCGUUUGUACAGAAGUGAACCAGAAUGCCAUCGGGGCAUGGAUUUUGUUUGCUCAAAUUAUAUGUUUGUGUUUGUAUGUCCAUUAAUUUUCCUUCAAUGUAAUUGCCAGCGUCACGUCACUAUAUGUUUCCGUAGUUCAAAUAGAAACUAUGAGCAAAUGUGAUGUUCCAUUUUCUCUUUUGUCAAUCUG